ACAUCAUUUUGAGGAGACAGUGUGUUUUUAGCUGUAAAGGCAAGUUUGCUUUAUUUUCACUGCCAAAAAAUGAAGACCAGAAGAAUCAGUGGUUAAAAUUAAUUUUUACCACGAUACCACAGCAGUACAACAAACCCCUUUGGUUGUGUUCCCGUCAUUUUACUGACGAUUGUUUUUCCAAUCUCUGUGAGUUCAAAGCGGGAUUUUUAAAACGUUUGACCAUGAAAGAGGGUUCAUUACCAACUUUAUAUGGAGCAACAAGCAUCUCAGAACCACUACCUAGUACAUCACAACAGAUUGAGUUACCAAACAGUUUGUUUGUGGAGGUGGAAUGUCAGACUUAACCUCCACACACAAAGUAAGUAGGAACACAGACAGAACUGCCACAGAUAUCUGUUGGCACACAGCUAUCUACUGGUACACUGAGAGAAGCACACAGUAGGAGCAAAGGAUCACAAGCAACAGUUUCUUUAGAAAGUGUUGGCACAGAAACCACUACAGCUCUUUAUGAUCUACCAUUUUCGUCUACACCUGUAAAGCCUACUGGAUUUCGACCACAUAAAAGACCUAGACUGGAGUUGGAGGAGGAAGAAGAGGAGGAGGAGGAGGAAGAAGAAGGGUCAGUGAGAGAACCUCAUGACUCAACCUUUAAUCCUGGCGACUCUACAAUAUCUGAGGAAUCUGAAAUUUCGUUUGUGCAGAGGACAAUCUAUGGUGAUAACAAGUUCAUUGUGUUUGAAACCUGUCUGCGUGAGCUGUUUGCCACAUGCCCGAUUUGUAAAAACAAGUGUGACGUGACUUUACGCCGGAUGGGUACAUAUGUGGCAUUUCACCAGCUUUGCCCCAAGUGUAGUUACUACAGGCAAUGGGAGAGCCAGCCCACUGUUGGUAGCAUGCCGGUCGGAAAUCUUCAGUUGUCUGCAGCCACGUAUUUUACCGGAGGAUCAUUCAUCCAAGUACAAAAGAUUUGCAAGGGGAUGCAAUUACAAAUUUUUACGUACGAAACCUUCCGGAGACAUUGCAGGAGCUUCCUGGAGCCUGCCAUAAUCCACAAAUGGAAAAGUGAACAACAAAACCUUUUCCAGAAGUUUAGACAGAGUGGAAAGAUUGGCCUCGCCGGAGAUAUGGGUGCUGACUCACCCGGACAUUCAGCCAAAUAUGGUAGUUACACGUUGAUGCACACAGAGAGCAACACCAUUUUGGACACACAACUUGUUCAGAGCAAUGAAGUCGGCGGGAGUUACCAUAUGGAGAAAGAAGGUCUAAAUAGAUGUCAUGAUCAUCUGGAGUCCAGUGGCUUAACAGUCGACUACAUUGUGACUGACCGUCACCCUCAGAUACAAAAAUAUUUGAGAGAACGCAACAUAAUACAGUUUUACGAUUUGUGGCAUUUUGAAAAAGGUCUGUCAAAGAAGCUUGAGCAACUUUCCAAAAACAAAGAGUGUGAAGUUUUGAAGAAGUAGCUUCGUAGCAUAAGGAACCAUGUAUACUGGAGUACCAUAACUUCUACAACAGGACCAGAGAAAGUGGCUAAGUGGACAUCAAUUCUGAAUCACAUUCAGAAUGUGCAUGUACACAAGAACCCCAUCUUCCCAAAGUGUGCCCAUCCAGACCGUGUGUCCAAGAAUCUAAAGAAAUGGUUUAAUCCAGUUAUUUAAAUAUGUUUUUCAUUAAUUUUGAUCAAAUACAAGAAAUGUAUUGUUAUGCGAUACUAUACCUUUGAUAAUUUAUAUAAUUGAAUGCAUUUGUUAAUCAAUCAUAUACAUGUAAGUUACAUUAUUUAUUUGUAAUGACAAUUUAGAAUCGCUGGCACUCCACAAAGUUGAGAAGAUUCUCUGCAACAAGAGGGUCCUUAAAGAUGUGGAAAAGUUAAGUCACCACUUUCAGACAUCAUCGCUGGAGGCUUUCCACAGCUUAAUUUUGAGGUUUACACCCAAAAAUGUAGUAUUCCCUUACAUGGGAAUGUUGUGCAGAUUGUACCUUGCAGUUCUACACCAUAAUGAGAACACUGGUCGAGAACAAGCAACAACUGCAACAGGGAAACCAGUCUACAAAGUGGUGUUUCCAAAGUCUAAAAAGGAGAACCCAUUGCAAGGCCACUGAAAACAGAGUCCA